CGCUCGCGGAUUAUAACUAUUCUACUCGUCAAGCACUCCUCCUCCCUGCACCUUACCCCGCAUCGCAGUUCACGAUGCCGACCGGCAAGCGCGUCCACUGGAACGACGAGCCAGCUCGUACACCGUCACCCGCGUUCUCGACUAGCUCUCGGCAGUCGUCGGUCGGCCCUCACACGCCGCCAGAGGGCACGCGUUCACUGCCGCAAGUCGCUGGGCAGCAGCACUACCCUCGCUACGGGCAAUACCUAGCACCGGAUACGCCUUACCCAAAGACCCAGCCUCUGCCGCCCUCGCCCUCGUUGAGCUCAUCUGGCGGGUCGCCUUUGCCCCUCGUCGUGAAUGACCUCGUCUCAACGUCCCGGCAUAAGCACGUUCAGACGCGCCCAUUCCAGUGGGAUCUCCUCAGCGACCCCGUACGCCUCGCUACACCUUCCGAUCCUCCUGUCAUGGAGUACCUCCUCCAACCCGCCCAGCUCGCCGCCCCUGCCACUACUCCCGCUGUCGCCGACGUUAGGAUCAUGCACCCCCACCUGCCAUGGGUGGUCAACGUCUCGGCUUCGCGCUACUACGGCAAUAUCUACGUCACUGUCGGCGACGUCCUUCAGCAGCUGUACCAAGCAUUGCGCCUGAGCGUCUCCCAGCUCGAGUACGACACUACGGUACGGCUCAACACUGGCCUCGCGCCACGCAUCCAGGGCGCAUUCGAGCGCAGGGUGCAACGGGCAGCCCAGUACGGGGUGGACGAGCGGAGGAAGGGGCUGCGGCGAGUGGACUUCCUCAUGGGCGACACGCAGUUUGCCGGGUUCAAGGUCGUCACCGGCCAGGACGGUGGGUUGCUGCUGCUGCUGCAUGUCCGGUGAGCGAUCUGUCAUCACCAGUGGCAUGGUCGCCAUCGGAGCAUUCGCCCAUCCCCUCUCGGCCUCCCGUCUCUCCAGCCCACCUUUAUGACCCCGACAGAUUCCCCCUUUUUUCGCAUGAACGACCAUCAUAUGCCCAUCAGGCUCGCAAUAAUCACAUACUGUACCCAUCAUCAUCUGCAUUGUACCACUCCUUCUUGAUACCCACUGGCAUCUGUACUCAUACCCCUUACUUGGCAUGGCUUACCGCUUUUUCUACCUUUUCC